AUGAAUGCAGCUUCGAAAAGUGAGGCUCAGAACAUUAACUCCCUCCCGGCAGACAGCCCAGCACAGGGAGGCGCCGGGGUAGGAACCAGGACGGUGGAACCCAGAGCCCGGCCUUGGGACAAGCUCAGGGGAAGAAAGGGGACCCCAUGUGGCCACACGUCACCGGCCGCUCCCGUGGGAAAAGGAAAGGCCGGGCUCCAGGCCCAGACCUCCUGGCCCCUCUUCCCUCGGGACGGCUUCGUGGCCCCAAAUAAAGAGCCGAACUCCGGCGACACGUGCCGACCGGUGACUAGGCCCACGGCAGCAGCUGAGCUUCUGCAGGGACGGAGCCUGGCGGGACCACCUGCGCCCCUGCUUCUGCGGCCACAGCGCCGAAGCCCCACCCGGCCUCCCCCUCUCCAGUCCCAGAGCCCAGGGGACCCUCCUUCCCCCCAACCGCCCCGCUCCUCCGAAUCUGCCCCCAGCUGCCCACUGGCCGAGCGCCUGCCCGUCCCCACGGUGCCCACGAAUCCCCGCGCUCGGAAAAGCAGGUGGAGGCGCCCUCGGAAGCCCCUCACGGCGCCCCCAUCCCCCUUCAACGCGCUCCUCCCCCAGCCGAGCUCCUGGGCGGAGAGCGCGGGCGUCUGGCGACUGCUCAGGCCGUCCCCACCGCUCACCUCUGGUCCCCUCACCCCCUCCCAAGUGGCGAGUCAGGAUCUCCGUCUCCACUAG